CGGCACCCACAGCCCUUGCGGGCAGGACAGCGCGGCGCGGGUGGGCUCGGCUUGGCGGCCGCCCGCACGCUGCCCGGGGCCGCGGCGAUGAGCAGAUGGCCCUGGCUCUCCGGGCGCUGACCCUCCAGGCUGCCGCGGGCGUGGGAUGCGAAGGAACGCCGGGGCGGAAUGGAAACAGGGCUCCAAGACCGCUCCAGGAUGCCUGAGGAAAGUUCGCCGCGGCGGACCCCACAGAACGUGCCCUACCGGGACCUCCCGCACCUGGUCAACGCUGAUGGACAGUACCUCUUCUGCAAGUACUGGAAGCCCACGGGCACACCCAAAGCACUUGUGUUCGUGUCCCACGGAGCCGGGGAGCACUGCGGCCGCUAUGAGGAACUGGCUCAGAUGCUGGUGGGGCUGCACCUGCUGGUGUUUGCCCACGACCAUGUGGGCCAUGGACAGAGCGAAGGGGAGAGGAUGGUCGUGUCCGACUUCCACGUUUUUGUCAGGGAUGUGCUCCAGCAUGUGGAUCUCCUGCAGAAAGAACACCCCGGACUCCCGGUCUUCCUCCUGGGCCACUCUAUGGGCGGUGCCAUCGCCAUCCUGACGGCCGCCGAGAGGCCUGGCCACUUUGCUGGCAUGGUCUUGAUCUCGCCUCUGGUUCUUGCCAGCCCUGAGUCAGCGACAACAUUCAAGGAUUACCCGGAAAUUGUGAAGGGUGUGGUGGAAAAGACGUCACGCUUGAUAAUGGUUUGGACUCCACUGCUUUUAUGGGUCCUUGCUGCGAAAGUGCUCAACCUCGUGCUACCAAACCUAUCACUGGGGCCCAUCGACUCCAGCGUGCUCUCCCGGAACAAGACAGAGGUGGACCUGUAUAACACAGACCCGCUCAUCUGCCGGGCGGGACUCAAGGUGUGCUUUGGCAUCCAGCUGCUCAACGCCGUCUCCCGGGUGGAGCGGGCCCUGCCCAAGCUGACCCUGCCGUUCCUGCUGCUGCAGGGCUCAGCUGACCGCCUGUGCGACAGCAAGGGGGCCUACCUGCUCAUGGAGUCGGCCAAGAGCCAGGACAAGACACUAAAGAUCUACGAAGGUGCCUACCACGUUCUCCACAAAGAGCUUCCUGAAGUAACCAACUCUGUCUUCCACGAAAUUAACGCGUGGAUCUCCCAAAGGACAGCUGCGGCAGGGGCCGGGUGCCCGCCCUGAGCGCACCGGACAGGUGACCAGCUCAUGGGCUGGGGAGGCAGGCGGAGGGAGGGCAGAGCUGGCUUCUCAGAUGUGGCUUG